UUACCCUCUUUCCAGUCCCCGUCUUCCUCCUACCGGUUUCUCAUCCUCGCCAUCUCCUCUGAUCUCGACUCACUUCACUGAGCAGCUUCAUUUCCCCAUAGCAAAACAACGAGAUGACGCUGGGUCUGAUCAAUGCCAACCCGGUGGUGCACGCCAAGAAAGAAAGAGUCGCCCGCACCGAAGAUCUCCACUCCGAAAUCGACGCCGUUGAUCCUCUCGACAUCUAUGAUUUCGUGAGGGACAUCAGGGAUCCGGAGCAUCCGUACUCGUUAGAGCAGCUCAGCGUGCUUUCCGAGGAGUCCAUCACCGUCGAUGAUAAGCUUGGCCGGAUUCUGAUUACGUUCACGCCGACCAUUCAGCAUUGUAGUAUGGCAACAGUGAUAGGACUAUGCCUGAGAGUUAAACUCAAGCAAUGUUUCCCUCCUCAUUACAAGGUUGAGAUUAAAGUCUCUCCAGGAUCUCAUGCAGAUGAAGAAUCAGUUAAUAAGCAGUUGAAUGAUAAAGAAAGAGUUGCUGCUGCCCUGGAGAAUCCUAACCUUCGCCAACUUGUGGAUGAGUGCCUCUAUUCCAGUGAACUGUGAGCAGCACUCCCAAACCCACUGUGCAGAACAGACUUCAGUAGUUCAUAUGCAAUAAGAAGUUACUUUGUUGUAUUAUCACUCUGCUUUUUUUCCUCUGUCAAGGUGGUGUGACUUUCUAGUGAUCUGGAAAUCUCUCUUGUAAAGUAGAAAAGCAUAGGUUGCAACAUGCAUCAAAUCUUUCUAAAUGGUAUGCACCAACAGUAUUUUCUAAUAUGUAGUCAUUUAUGCUUCAGAAAUUUUCAUACA